AUGUGUUUAAUAUUUACUUUGAAAAUUGAUUUAAUGUGUCAGUUCAAUUUAGGAAUAUCUUCAACUUCAACAAUAGGAACUACAACAACAGCAACUACAACAACAUCAACUACAACAGCAGCAUCUUCUUCAAUCAUUAACAUCCCACCAGAUGCUACUUGGGCACAGCAUGGCGUCAUUGUGGCUGGAGGGAAUGGGCAAGGCAAUGAAUUGAAUCAACUCUAUACGCCACACGGUUUAUAUGUUGAUGAAGAUCAAACUGUCUUUAUCGCUGACUUCGACAACUACCGUGUUAUGGAAUGGAAGUAUGGUGCCACUAGUGGCCAAGUGGUUGCUGGUGGAAAUGGAGAAGGAAACCGACUUAAUCAGCUGGACAAGCCAACAGAUGUGAUUAUCGACAAAAAGACAGAUAGUUUUAUUAUCUGUGACCAUGGUAAUCGACGCGUGGUGCGAUGGUCUCGUCGAGAUCAAACAAGUGGGCAAAUAAUCAUCUCAGAUGUCGCAUGCUGGGGCUUGGCAAUGGACGACGAUGGAUUACUCUACGUUUCUGAUCAAGAAAAAAGCGAAGUUAAACGACGGCGAAUAGGAGAGACUAAUGGAACAGUCGUGGCAGGAGGCAACGGAAACGGCGAUCAGAUCGAUCAACUCAGUGAACCUACCCACGUAUUCGUCGAUCGAGAUCAUUCAGUAUUUGUAUCGGACUUUGUUAAUAAUCGCGUAAUAAAGUGGGUGAAAGGCGCGAAAGAAGGCAUUGUCGUGGCCGGUGGUUAA